AUGUUAGAUAAGAAUGCAAAUACGGCAAGAAUAUCACCAUCAUUACAUAUCAAUAUAAAUGCAGAAGUAUUUAACACCAAAACGAAUUUUUUAAUAAAGUCAUGGGAAGAAACAUCAAUAAGACCAUACAUAUUGAAUGGAAGUAGUAACGAUGAUAGGAAGAAAAAGAAUGAAAUAGGAAUAAUACAGGAUGUGGACAUGUUGACUGAUAUUAUACCAACAGAAGGAGAUGGAGAGAGCACAGCUAUCUUAUUGAAUUGGAAUAGAUUAGAUAACAUUAAAAUUAUUGUAAAACAUUUGUGUCAAUAUUCCAUAUUUAAAGAAAUUUUUAUAUGGAAUAAUAAUGUCGAUAUACAUCUAUCAGAUCCAAUGUUUGUUGAUACACAUUGUAAUAAGAUAAGAUAUUAUAAUUCACCGGGGAAUAUGUAUUUUAUAGCAAGAUAUUUAGCAUGCUCAAUGGCAACGACAAAAUAUUGUUACUUUCAAGAUGAUGACUGGAUAAAUAAAUAUCCAAGGUCUAUGUAUAGUAACUUUUUAAGAUUCCCCAAUUUAAUACAUACCGACACUAAUGCGGAUGUUUAUUCUUUAACGAAUUGGAAGUGGUGUUUUUUCAACGAGGAUAUUAAUUUACAUUCAUGUUUUUCAUGGGUUGGUACAGGAGCAUUUACUUCUAGAGAGUAUGUGAUAAAAUUUUUAAAAAUGACAAGUGAAACAGAAAUGAGCUCGUUAGAAUUUAGAUAUGGUGAUACGUAUUUUACUACGUACAUGAAUCAAGUCCCUUAUCAAUUAGAAAAUCCUUUAUUUGAAUUACCACAAGAAAAUGGUUUCAGUUCAACCGGUGAAGGUAGAAUACGUAAUAAAUUAUAUAUGCAUCAAGCAUUAAUUCGAUUAUAUAAUUAUUUAUCUUUACGUGCUAAUCUUACAACGGAAGACACAGAAUUUUCGCCGACGUUAUACGAAAGAGAUGUUAGAUCACCUUGUUAUAAUGAUAAAUGUUUAUUCUUAACAAAUAAACAUAGUUUUCCCAGUAUAAAAUCAUUUAAAUAUCUCCCUUACAUUAAUAUUAGUGAAAGUGAACGUUUGCAUUCUAGUUUUUUUAAUACCCAUCAUUUCAUAUCUCAUCCUUAUUCUAAUGCCGUUGAUCAUGAUAAUUUUACUACCUGGAUUUCUCAGGAUGUUAUAAAAAAAGACGAUUAUAUUGGAUUAGAUGUAUUAUUACCUAUGCCGGUUCCACUUACUUUUAAUUUAAUUAUUGAUCAUGAUCGCGAUUAUUUUAAUCAUCUAUCUAUACAAAUUUCUCAUGAUGGUUCUGAAUGGAUUCAACUAUCUCCAUUACCUAAAUUAGAAAUUCAUGAUUUAUCUUCAACUUUUACCAAAAAUAAUUUAUUAUCGUGUAACUUUCUUAUACGUGAAACUGGUUUUAGAUUUUUAAAAUUAGUUAGUACAAAAGAUUGGGACUUUACCUUUUCUAUUUAUGAUUUUACUUUUAAUGGGCAUAUGGAUGAUAAUAAUAUAGUUGUUAAUGAAGUUAGUUUAGGGGAUGAUAAUGAUGAAAAUGAUUAA